AGGGCCUCGUUUCCCGUCGACGCAACAUCAAGCUCAAAAACAGAGACACAAAAGUCGGCAGCUGGGGGUCCUCGUUUCUCACGAUGAAUUCUCUACGCUGUCUCCGGAUUGCAGCGCGCCCUGCCACAAGCGCUUGCACAAUACUCAGGCCGUCACUGGCACGCGCAACAGCACCGCAACGGACCUCCAUUGUCUCACAAAACCGCACCAUCUCCCUCCUCAGCCCCCGCCGCCCUAUGCUCGCUCGAACAUGCUCGCCCUCAACCCUAGCCGCACCCGGCAGCGCUCCCUCCUUCGUCCCAUCUUCCUCCGAAACACUGGACUUGGCGGGCAAGAUAUCUUCCCAUCCAGGAUUAGGCAGCAUGCAGAUUCGAUGCGGUCCUCGCGAUACUUAUAACCCUUCACAUCUGGUCAGGAAGAGGAGACAUGGCUUUUUGAGCAGGAUCAGGACGAAGAAGGGGAGGAAGUUGCUUAUGAGGAGGUUGAAGAAGGGGCGCUGGAAUUUGAGCCAUUAGAGAGCGGCUCUUUGGGAAUGAUGGAAGGAUAGAUAGCUGGGAUGAGGUCCGAGUUACCACGGGGUGCUCUGCGACGGAAGUGGAGAGACCAGGAGAACGCCCAGGGUCGUCUUGCUUAACGCGUACGAUAUACUACCCGCACACGAGCUGGCAUUUGGUAUCCAAUUACUCAGGUGUAAACAUACUGUACAUUGCAUGCAUGGCUGGCAUUUUAGAUCAUGUACUACAAUUUAACAACCGCUUUCAACUACAGUCGACCAAGUUUUGCACCUUUAGUCGCAGAUGUUACUAAGAUAGGUCUUUCCUCCCGACUUCCAGGUACACCUUGUCACUUC